UAAAACGUUACAGAGAAUGUAUACCCUUAAACAUAAAAAAAGUGACUCUCUUUUCCUCCUAACAUAAUUGGUGUUUGAUGAAGAGUAGGUUUUGGUUUUGGUUUUGGUAAUCUGCAAGUUGGGUCAUCUGCAAAAUCCCAACCAGCCCUGCAACUUCUUAAAAGGGUUUCAGAGACUUUGACUUUUUUGAACCUUUUUCCAAGACUUAAAAGAAAGCAAAGAAUUUUCUUCUCAGUCCCUUUGUAUAAAAGAAUCAAACUCAGUUUUCAGGGUAUCGAUUUCUCUCUUUUUUUGUUUUAAAGUUUCCAUUUAAAUACCGCUUUUUUGUCAAGAAAAUAGUGAAAGAAAAAAAAAAAAAAUGUUGGGUUAUUAUCAGCAACUCCCUGCUAGACCGUCUUACCGAGACUCCCUAAAGAUUCUUGAGGCUGAUAUUCAGCAUGCCAAUAUGCUGUUUAAUGCUGUUUGUCUGCUGAAGUGAUGUGUUUCUUGCACAACCUAUCUAUACAGGGCAGCCUCUAUCCCAAUAGGCAAAGCUGGUACCUCUCUUCAAAUGAAAUUGGUUUACAGUGACCUUGCACCCAUUUUACUGCUUUUUCUACAGUGGAUGGAUUGCUCGUGUUCAUGUUUACUUUCAGAUUAUUUAAACCUUUUCCAUGUAGUUGUAUAUAAGGUUCGGUCAGAUGGGAGGCCAAAUAUCUCUUCAUAUGGAAGAAAAGCGACCAUCAGUCAAUUUUACACUGUUAUAUUGCCAUCACUUCAGCAUCUCCAUGGCGAUUCAUUAGAGCUGGAUGUCACUCAAGAGAAAAUUCACGAAUUGGAAAUGGUUGUAGGCAAAAGAUACGAGGAUGAUAAGAAGCUUUCAAAUUUGGAUUUGGAGAGAGAAGAUGAAUGUGGGAUUUGCUUAGAGCCCUGUACCAAAAUGGUUUUGCCAAAUUGCUGUCAUGCCAUGUGCAUCCAUUGCUACCAUGACUGGAACACAAGGUCAGAAUCCUGCCCAUUUUGCAGGGGAAGUUUAAGGAGAGUAAAUUCAGGAGAUUUGUGGGUCUUAACCUGUGGCCGCGAUGUGGUCGACACCGAAACUGUGUUGGAGGAGGAUAUACUGCGGUUGUAUCUUUUCAUAAACAGUCUGCCUAAGGAUAUUCCAGAUGCUCUUUUCAUAGUGUAUUAUGAAUAUUUAUUCUAAUCUAACAAACCAUAAAAAUGGUGUACAGGAAUUGUGAAAAUGCCACCCAUCAUGUGUACAUAGAGUCUGAUGCGGUUUUCAGAUUGAAAAUUUCAUUAUGAUUCAAUAUAUAAGAUAAAUAAUGUACAUGAUCUGAGUAAAUAAUAUAUUUAUAUUAUAAGUUUAA